AUGGUUUUUGAUCCAUAUGGUAAUUUGUAUAUUGUCGAUUCGGAUAAUGAUCGAGUGGUGAUGCAUUGUGCUAAUUCAACAGUUGGCAUUGUGGUCGCUGGAGGUAGCAGUACAACACCUGAUCUUGAUAAACCAACAGCUGUUGCCUUAGAUUCAAAUCUUAAUUUGUAUGUGGCCGUUAGUGGUGGCACUAAAGUAACUGAAUUUGCUUGGCUAUGA